CAAACUCACGGCGGGAUAUGUCGGCACCGUGUAAGAGAUCAGAGAGAGCGUGUGGGUGGAGAAUUAAAUGAGUCACCACUGCAGUGUGAACAGAGGCUCUUGCCCGAUCUCCAACAUCGAGGAUGCCGUCCAAUACAGUAGACUGAAUCGUACAAGUACAAGAACUCUUGGAGCCCUCAAGGAGCAUCAAGAGGAGAGUAAAGCCUUGAUAUCUCCAGAAGAUAUAAGCCGCAACAUCUCUAGAAGAGUAAAGCCUCAGCAUCUACAGCUACCUAAAGCCUUGAUAUCUCCAGGAGAGUAAAGCCUUGAUAUCUGUGGAAUAAGCCCUCAACAUCUUCAUUAACUCGACAUCUCCAGUUCUGUGAGUCUUCUGAAGCCUUGGUAUCUCGAGAAAUUUAAAGUCUCGAUAUCUCCAAAAGUUCAAAGCCACGACAUCUCCAGGCCUUGAUAUCUCUAGAACGGUAAAGCCUUGAUAUCUCCAACUCCACGGCAGUGGAAGAGGGGCCUACCUCAAGUCUUGUGAGGGAAAGAGGCAGCUAACCGAUGGGUGGAGACAGCAACAGCUCCAGCAAAGAUCCUGUAGGAUCUUUGAGCUCCAGUGCUUCGCAUGCAGACAUCCAAGGAACGUUCUUGCCACCGCUGUUUGGGGUGGUGUUUGUCGUGGCGUUUGUGGGCAACGCUCUGGCCAUCUGCCUGUUCCUGAGGCAGAGGAAGACCUGGCACUCGGGCAUCAUCUACGCCUUCAGCCUGGCCAUCAGCGACCUGCUCUAUGUCAUCACCCUGCCGCUGAUGCUCGCCUACUACUCGUCCGGCAAGGACUGGGCGUUUGGGGCGGCCCUCUGCAAGUUGGAGCGCUUCCUCUUCGCCUGCAACCUGUACGGCAGCGCCCUGCUCAUCGCCUGCAUCAGCCUCAACCGCUACGUGGCCAUCGUGCACCCCAUGUUCGCCCACAAUCACCUCAGGCUGAAGCACGCCAAGAUGGCGAGCCUGGCCGCCGUGCUGUUGGCCGCUUCCAUCACCUCUCCCGCCUUGGCCUUCUCCCAGCUCAGGCCCAAGGGCAACCGCACCGAGUGUCUGGGCUCGGCCACGGACGAGGCCUUGCCGUCUUACCUGGCCUACAGCCUGUUCCUGGCGGCGGUGGGCUGCGCCCUGCCUUUCCUCGUCACUUUCCUCUCAUACUUGUCCAUCGUGCGUGUGGUGGCGGGCAGCCAGAGCACGGGCGAGUCGGAGCGGAGGCGGGUGUGGCUGCUGGUCUGCACCGUGGUUGUCCUCUACGCCGUCUCCUUCAUCCCUUACACCGUGCUGCGCAACGUCAACCUCUACCGCCGGCUGCACCGGCUGGAUGACCGCAGCAGGUCCAGCACCAUCUACACGGCCUACCAGCUGAGCAAGGGCCUGGUCUCCCUCAACGCCUGCAUCCACCCGCUGCUCUACGCCACCCAGCUGGACAACCUGAAGGAGAUGUGGGCGAGCUGUGGCCGCCGGCGGGUCAACACACAGGAAUCACAAAGAAGACACAAGGGACUGCAGAUGCUGGCUACAAAUAAAGACACAAUGCUGGAGUAACUCAGCAGGGCAGGCAGAAUCUCUGAAGAACAUG